UCAAUUGGUUCUUGUUCUGCGAACGCAAGGAUGGAGGAAGAGAUGGACCAGGAUGGUUUGUGGGGAGGUUGGACGACGAGGAGGGUGCACCUUUUUAUACCUUCCUCCCCACCUACUCUGUGCUUUCUAGCCCGGCCUGUGCAACAGGACAGAGUGGCCUGUGCCUAUGAGCCUAAUCGAAAGAAGUCGACCAUUUGUCGGACUUAAGGUUCCAGUCCACCACCCAGGAUCCCGCGGCCAAAAUUGCGCACGGGGCAAGUCUCAAAGAAAUCCCUUUUUUUAUUCUUCUCGGAUCUCAGUCUCACUUCGGCCGUAUCUCUUUUUCGAUUGUUUUCUUGCACACGAGACGAAACGGAUGACGAUGACGACGCCUACGACUGUGGCAACGCCUUCGGGGGCCACAGUGGGCGCAGCGCUGCUCUCGGUCCGCGGGCUGAGCCUGCCAAGUGCCGCGGCGUCUACUGCGUCAUCGGCGCAGCCGCCCUGGACCGAUCUGGGCUUUGACCUGCACGAGGGCGAGCUGCUGCUGGUUCGCGGCCCGAGUGGGCGAGGCAAGACGACGUUGCUCAAGGCGCUGGCGGACCUCGUUGAGCCAUUCCCUGCGGCGAGCACGCAGGUCAGGUAUCGAGGCAGGCAACCGCACGAGCUCGUCGCAGGAGGAAAGGCUAGAUGGGCGUGGGCUACGUCACUUUCGUCGACAAAAUCGGCCUCGUCGGCGGCGUAUCGGUCAAAGGUCAUCUACGUCGCACAGAGACCUGCAGCCAUGGGAGCGACGCCCGAGGAGUUCCUGGAGAUGGUGCUUGGCCUCAAAGCAAAUCGCCGAGACGCUGCUCCAAGACUAGACGAGGCAGGGGACGAGGAGCGACAAGCUGCGACAGCUCUAGAUAGACCACAAAGACCAGAGCAAGGGUCCGGAUGGCACAUCGAUGACGAGUCCUUGUCGGCUCUGCAGGAGCAAGAAGAAAGAGAUACAGACAAGAGUGCGACGACUCCAGCGACUGCCCACGGGAUCUCUCGCGAGUGGGGCAUCGCUGCAGCGCUCUGGUCACGGAAUUGGAGCAGCCUGUCAGGAGGGGAGGCGCAGCGCAUCUCGCUCGCCAUCGGGCUUCAUCUCGCCGUUCCGGGCGACAGUGUCUUGCUGCUUGACGAGCCAACGUCGGCACUCGAUGCACAGACGACGGCGCUCGUCGAGGCAACGCUCGCCAAGAUGAUUCACGCUGGCCUUGCCGUAGUAUGCAUCACCCACAGCGACGAGCAACAGGCCAGACUCGUCAACCUCACAGCAAGCAACCGGCGACGGGUGAGGAUUUUGUACUUGGAAUAGCAUCGCAUUUAGUCACGCAGUUAAAUGAAAGCAUAGAAAGCAUUCGCCUUUGAAACGACUGGGUCG